AUGAAUCCCAAAUCAUUCGCUUAUUUACGCUCAAAUAGGACUGAAAAAGGACCGGGCAAAGCGAUUUUUGGACAGCUGCCAAAGCAGCAUCAACCCAUAGCUGCUUCUGAAUCUUUGCUAUUUCGGGCUGAAGCGAUAGUAGCAGCUAACACCAGUGCAUUACAUCGUUUCAACAACUGUUCAGAACUGGAUGUCGGUGGACGAAAAGUGCAACGGCAAGUGGACGAUGGAAGGAAGAGCAGAGUGAUAAUACAGCGAACCAAUGGUCACUUAGGCCCACGUACGAUUAUAUUCACUCGUCUUUGGCCCCAGUAG